CAGGAAGAGUUUCUGUGCUUAACCUGUUCGAAGACGUGCAAGAGUGCUCAUGGCUACACCAACCUGAUCACGCAUCUCCGCACCAACCACCCGACCUACCUUGAAGAUGUCUUUCAAGCCGCGAAGGACCGCAACGCACUCCGCCUACGUGCUGCCGAUGACGAGACGCGUACCAUUUUUCGCUGGUCCGAGUGGUGGGUUACGGCUGCUCACCGUCUGCCUCUGAGUUUCGUCGAGCGCAAGAUGACGAGGAAAAACGCUUCGCUGUCCUCGAUUAGCCAAAAGACGUUGAAGAUGUACUUGGUGCGGGUGUACCAGUCUGCAGAGGCUAGGGUUACUGAGGAGCUUCCGCCGACGUUCGGCAUCGUGCUCGAUGGCUCCACCUUCAGCGGCCGUCACUACAUCGCCAUUUUCGCCGUGUUCAACGACCCGGGGAUGUGCCAUGGAACUGAGGUUAGGGGUGGCACUGACUACUACGACGACACCGACUGCUACACGCGCCGGUUCGUGCUGCUGGCAUGUUGUCCGCUAGACGUGGAGGAGGAUCUCGGUGCACAGAGCCUGUUUGACCUCAUCGCUGACACGCUCACACGCUACAACAUGCCUUGGGAGGCGGUCCACUUUAUUGUGACCGACAACUGCAACGUCAACCAGUACAUUGGGAGUCGUAAAGGUGCGCUUCCAAUGGUCGGCUGUGCAUCGCACAUGUUUAACCUGGCCGUGUCUGACUAUCUGCCCGACUACGAGACUCUCCUGGCGAAGAUCCAUGCGUUGAUGAACAAGAUGCGCACGAUCAAGGGUCGCGCAAUUCUUCGCCUUGUAAGGGAUCUGUCACCUCUCCUGCGUAACGACACCCGGUGGUCGAGUAUCCAUGCCAUGGUCCAGCGCUAUACUAAAAUUGAGCCGGCUCUCAAUUCUCUGGGCUAUGGCACCCUCAUCGAGUUUGGCAUCCAGCCGCUAUUGCUUCACAGGGUGUAUCCGAAAAGACACACAUGCUUCUAA